CGCGACUCUUCCACCAGCUAUUCAAUACCAUAAAUCCCUACAUAGGUACUUAAGGUACUACCUACCUAGGUUGGAGGCACACUUCCACAUAAGAUAACAUGGGAAUAUUCGUAAUCAUGUCUUUUAUUUGGCGUAUAUGGGAUAGCGUUGUCAAAUGCCAGAGCUUCCAGCCAGUCCUGGAGGUUUCUAUGCAAGAGCUGCAAGUUACGAUGCAUCACUCGUCCGUUUGGCCUCAAUUUGGUCACGCUACCCAGCCAUGGAUUGAAUACCGUUUCUAUGCGGCCCUCUAGUAUUGGGAGGUGAGUACUACACGCGGCCUGAGACAUAGCUAACUACCUACAUAGGAAGGCUGUGAGAGCGUAUGACUGUGCUGCCUGGGGAGGGGAAGGGGAUUAUUCAAAGUCACACACGGUGGGAACCUCAAAUCAACAUAGCAUAUACGUUUGUGCAGCACGCCAGACUAAAUUUCCCACACCAGCUGGCAAAGCUGGCUUUCUUAUGUUUAUCCCCAUGUUUGCCUUUUUCGCUCGUCUUUUUUUUCUUUUCUUUUUUUUUUACUUCAUCCUUCCCAUGAAAUGAAGAGUCAAGUUUAUGGCGAAUACACGAUCUUUAAGGAAGAACAGCUUGCAUUUCCUUACCCAAGCCGUUACUCCUCCUUCGCCUUUUCGCUUCCGCCGCAUUUUGAUCACAGCUACAAGACUCCCUGAUUUUCAACAUGGCUCCGGAUACUAGCACGUUGAUAUACAUUUUCAACCAUAUCUUCCUACCACCCAAGCUGCCGCAGCGCGAGGACUACAGCUCACGAUGCGAAACGUCCCUGCUAUCUGUUACGAUAGACGGGCUAAUCGCGUGGAGGAACUGUACCGAAUCUGCUUGUCAUGGUCAAGCCGACGCAGCCAUAUCCACAAUACGUAAUAUGCUGCAGGCUUACUCGGCAGUGGAUGGCUCUCUGAACGAGAAUGAAGUCCUACGGUUGCUCACAGAGCUCACCGAGGGUAAGUAUCUUGUGUCAAUUGCGAUGUUCGCUAGUUAACGGAAAAUAGAUGCUGCUAUACCUCUUUAUGUUCGGCAGCAAAAUGCAGGAGUUCUCAUCAGCAGAGCGAAGAACCAGGUGUUUUUCGAAGUUUUCGAAGUCUCCCCUACUGAUGAGGCAAUAAUGGCCACAAAAGGCAGACUCAGGCGCUCGUUUCCGGGAGCCGCUGUAGUUCUUGACAAAUCUAAAUUUCAGAAUCGUCAGUUCCAAGAGACAGUUGAAAUAGUACAGUGUAAAUAGUACUGUAGGUGGGGAAAUACUGUAUAUUGCAUUAAGGAACUAAGUCUAGGUACUAUAGGUUAGGGUGGUACAUUUGUUUAUAUAGUAAAGUAUGUGUGGGUCGAAGUACCAGCUAUUAGGAUUAUCCAUCCCUGCCUUCCUAAUUCUAAUACUCUUAUUCGAA